AUGUCGUCGGCCAACACGCCUGUCAUAUACGAAGCGGGGGAGGGUGUCGGAGGCCCCUUCUCCCUCCUCCCAGAAGAGGUGAUUGCCGGGGGCGCCGCCGGCUUCGUGGAGCACUUCGCCAUGUUUCCGUUUGACACGAUCAAAACUAGAAUACAGAGCGGGAGCUCGCCGAGCAUUGCCGCCGCCCUGCGUCACGUGUGGCGUAGCGAGCCUCUGACGCAUCUCUACCGUGGACUGCUCCCGAUUCUCGUCUCGGCUGUCCCGUCGCACGGGGCGUACUUUGGCGCGUACGAGUCGGCAAAGCGUGUGUUUGGGGAGGAGACAAACACGUCUAUUAUGCUCUCCUCGAGUUGUGCGGUGGCGGCGCACGACACCAUCGCCACUCCCUUUGACGUGGUGAAGCAGCGGAUGCAGAUGGACAGGACGAGGCGAUUCACGUCUUCGCUGCGGUGCGCGCAGCACGUGCUUGCGGAGGAUGGAACCCGCAUUUUUUUCGUCUCGCUGCCCACGACAAUAUUGAUGAACGUGCCGCACUAUGCGGCGUACUGGACGGUGUAUGAGGGCUUCCUCUCCUUUCUAGGCGGCGGGCGCCGCGACAAGGAGAACGAGCUCGCGAUGGAAUACGUGGCGGCCGCCCUCUUAGCCGGCACCACGGCGUCCAUAGUUUCCUCCCCGUUGGAUGUGGCGAAGACCCACCUGCAGCUGGGGAAAGAGUCCCGUGUUUUGUCGGUGUUUCGAAAUAUUAUUCGAACCCGCGGCGUGCGCGGAUUCCUUGCUGGCGUCUCUGCGAGAAUCAUGCACACUGCUCCCUCGGGCACGCUGAUGAUGUUCACGUACGAGAUGACCAAAAAGGCCCUGGAGCGACGCUGA